UUUCAUCAUCCAAAUCAGAUGCCACCAACAAAAGGUUGAUUUCUUUUUUGUUAGUUUGGGUUCUGUUGUUUCUGCAUGUGAAUCUUAUUCUUUUAAAACUACUGAAAGCAUUUUCCACACCUUGUCCUCUCAGAUGUUGGAAGACACUUCAAAUAUUCAUACAUCUUGCGGCUCACACAACAGGCUGUUGCAGACUGGAAGAACUUCUUAACUCAAGGAUUGUAGAAGAUGAUGGGAUCAUGGAUUCCAUUCUGCAGAAAAUAUCCAAUAGUAAUAGUUAUGCACGAGUACGAGCUGUGGUGAUGACCCGGGAUGACUCAAGUGGUGGAUGGUUACCACUUGGUGGAGGUGGACUAAGCUGUGUCACAGUCUUCAAAGAUAUUCAACAGGAAGAAAACAGCUGUUCUGAUUUUCUUAUCCACGGAGAACGACUCAGGGAUAAAACGGUGGUUUUGGAAUGUACAUUAAAGAAGGACCUCAUUUACAACAAAGUUACCCCAACUUUUCAUCACUGGAAGAUUGAUGACAAGAAGUUUGGCCUUACGUUCCAGAGUCCUGCUGAUGCACGAGCUUUUGACAGAGGCAUCCGUAGAGCUGUAGAAGAUCUCUCUCAAGGUUGUCCACCAUUGCACAGUGAUGCUGAAGUGGUCGAAGAUGGCUUUCAUGCAAUUCAAGAAAAUACUUCUACUUCAUUAAAAGAUCACCUUUUCCAACAUGAAACCAUAGUAACCAACGAACCAUAUAAAAGUCCAAAUAUAAGGCCUUCAACAUUUGAGGAGUUGAACUCCAGAAGACCCUACUUUCCCUGCCAACCCAAUCAGGUCCCACUGAAAUCAACCAGACAUGUCAGUUUUCAAGAUGAAGAUGAAAUUGUUAGAAUAAAUCCUCGUGAUAUUUUAAUACGUCGUUAUGCAGACUACAGACAUCCUGACAUGUGGAAAAAUGACUUGGAGAGGGAUGAGAUGGACUCCAAUAUACAGUUUUCUAAGUCUGACAAUAAAAAAUUGGACUAUCUUUAUCCAUGUGGGGAUGGAACUAAGCUGAAUUCACUAAAGGACACAAAGAAUUCUGUGGUAUUUAAAACACAGCCUUCCUCAUUAAAAUUUAAAAAGUCAAAAAGAAGGAAAGAAGACGGUGAGCGUUCUCGCUGCAUAUACUGCCAGGAGAGAUUUAAUCAUGAAGAGAAUGGCAGGGGGAAAUGUCAAGAUGCUCCAGAUCCUAUAAAAAGAUGCAUAUACCAAGUUAGUUGCAUGCUUUGUGCAGAGAGCAUGCUAUAUCACUGCAUGUCAGACUCUGAAGGCGAUUUCUCUGACCCCUGUUCAUGUGACACUAGUGAUGACAAGUUCUGCUUACGAUGGUUAGCCCUAAUAGCUUUGUCAUUCAUUGCCCCAUGUAUGUGCUGCUACCUCCCCUUGAGAGCAUGCCAUCACUGUGGUGAGGUAUGUGGGUGCUGUGGAGGAAAGCAUAAAGCUGCUGGAUGAACAGUUUAGUGCCAGAUAGAGCUGAAAAUCUUUGUUUCCAGGAAGCAUCUAUCUUGGAUUUGUGGAAGCUUUUGGCAAGCAAAAGGAAAUCUUAUCUCGUGUAAGAGAAGCCUGAUGUGGAAGAAGCAGCAAGACUUGUCAGACCGUAGCAUUUUACAAAUGCUAGCCAUGCCUAACUAUUUCCUUUCAGUGCAUGGUGUUUCGUUGCGAGUUAUGAAGGCAUUUGGAAAAGGAAGCCUUUUCUUAUUAUUGGCUAUAAAAUGAGUAUAUAAACUACAAUAUACUAAAAGGGAUUAACUUUUGCCAUUUUGUACAUUCAUGGUUUAGGUGAUGGGGCUCUUAAAAGAAUUACAAAUUAUUUGAGAGGAAAUUAAAAGUGCACUAAUGACAGUUGAUUUAAAACUAAGAAAAGUUAAUACGUGGCAAAUGAGAAAUGAAACUGAUUUAAGUGCAACUAAAUCACUUAUUAAUAGAUUUUGGAAGCAGCUUUAUAUAUAAAUAACAAAUGUUUAUAUUUAACUAAAUGUGUAAGGUACGAAUUAUUACAUAUUCAACUUUUCUUUCCCCUUCCAGAUAUAGAGUAGGUAUGUAUCAUAUCUACAGUCACAUUCCAUGAUAGUAUUUUAAGUAUUUAAUUAGUUUAUUUAGUAGCAUUUCUGUUCCAGAUGGACAAAUUGGUAUUUUCAGUCCUAUUUCCAAUCAGCCACAGUUUAUAUUGAGUUGUAACCAUGCAUUCUGGUAAUCUGUAAAAUCUUUAAAAUAUUAAUUAUAGUCUUGAGUGACCAAUAUUAUUUGUUAAGCACAGAUGUAAUUGUUUAAAAUGUUCUAACAGGAACAUAACAUUUAUUUUUAUAUGUAAAUGACUUUGGUUUCAACAAUAUAGCAAAAAGGAAGUUGUUUUCUGUUACUCAACCAGCAAGUUGUUUUCUUUUAGGGUGUCUUCCAAAAAUAUUUUAUUGAAUUUACAAAUGUUCAACAAAAUAAAAGGUGCAAUGAGACAGUUGUAAUGAUUUGUCAUCAGUGUUCUCAGUUUAUCCUUCUGUUAAACUAGGAUUAUGUUCAACUGUUUAUCAAGUACUAUGAUUAAACUGAAAGAUUAAUCAUUAACAAAAAUUGAAAUUGUUUUCAUUAUUUUGAAUUCUAGCAUCUUGCAUCUUUAUAUUUAAACUAGCAAGAAUAAAAUUAUUGUUUAAAAAAUUAACUUACAGCCCAUGAAAAAUUGGAGUGAAUUUUUUUGAAUGAGAGAUGGCGUGCAUGUGUAUGUGUGCGUGCAUACACUAAAUGUGUAUACAAUUGGCCACAACAUUAUAUUACUAAAUGUUUAAUUUACACAGGAACUGGUCAAAUAUUCAAUUGAUUAACUGUUAGAGAAAUUUUAAACAAGUUGUUAUGACUUAUUAUAUGUUACAACAAACUGCAUUCACUCAAUUUUCAGUUAAUGUCGUGUUAAAUGUCUAACAAGUAAAGGCAUUCAUUAUUUUAGGAAGAUAUCUCUAUAGGGAUGGAAUAGGAAAAAAUGUCCUUAGUAUAUUCUUCCUAUAAGAAGUUGCAUAGUUGAUUUUUUUUCUUAGUUUUCUAUGCUUUUUUCCCCAGUGUGGGGGUUUGUAUCUUUUCUUUAUUACAUAUAUUAAAGCUUUUGUUAGCUCUCUUCUGUAGCCCAGGAAUCAAAUUCUGAACAAAUGUAUAUAACACUAUCUGUAAAAUACUUUUUUAAAUAAAUCAUUUAUAUUUAUAUGACAGCUUGAAUUGACACCAUUGUGUACAUAGAGCAUCUUGAAGUAUUAUUUCACAUUGAAAAGAAGACAGAUAUAUUGAUAACUAUAGAAGUUAUGAAAGAGCUUCUAGUUUUAUACUAAAAAUUGAUUGGAUGAACUAAGUCCAAGAAUAUGACACUGUAGCAGCAGUCUUAAGUCACAUUUUUACUGUUUAUAUAUUUGAAAGCUGCUACUCUGAAUGAUUUUCAUGCUUCACAUGUUUUCAGAUAAACUUGGUUGCCUAGAAUAGACUGUUACUUAAACUACUUUUCAUUAGUGAACUGGGAAAGUUUUUCUUGUGAAUAAAAAAAUUUGUAAGUGCUAGGUUUUUAAUCCGAUUGAGUGAGGUAUGAACAACCUAAGAAAAGAACUUGCUGGCUGUAUAGGAAAAUGUAUAGGAAAAUACUGUAGACUUGUAUUGUGUGUGUAUAUACUUCAGGAAAAAAAUGAGUUUAACAAUUUCCUCUGAGCACUAUUCAGCAUAGUGCAACUCCUAGUCCUGUACUGUAUUUUAUAUGCAACAUAUAUGCUUUAAUAUUUUUACUGAAUGUGUGCAGUAGUAUUCUCAAUUUGCAUUUAACCACUUUGCUGCUAAAAUUUUGUCCCAGUCCCUUUUCCUUUCCUUUCUUAAAAUUUGGUCCAUUAAAAAAAUUAAUGCCAUUAUUACCUAAGUUAAGAGUAAUGAAAAGAAUUACCAUAAUAUACAUGGAUGCAUGUGUUGGAUGUAGUAAAGCAGAAAGACGUAUGCCCUCUCUUCUGUUUGGGGUCUUAUUCGCUUUUGGAGGCACUUUCUGAUUAUCUGAAAAUUGACACUUUGCAAAGCAAUUCAGGAACUGCCCCUUGCAUCCCGGCCUUUGUCUAUGGUAGUAUUAAGUGAAGUUUACCUUUACUUCUGAAAGCUUUUCUUAAGUUUUUGAAGGGGAAGAGGGAAACAUCAUACAACAUUUUUUUUCCUAAAAAAAUCAGAACUCAAAUUUUUAGUCAGGUAGCUUUGUAAUAGAGUAUUGUGCUAUCACAUGGCAGACCUAUGUUUUAGGAAACAGCCAGUUUACAGACAUGAAAAGAAAGCAUUUAGUCUCCUGAGGAAAGAGGUCAAGUAUAGCACUUGGGCACCACCUAAUGGAAAAAUUAAAGUCGCAUAUGAUUAUAUUGCCCAGUCAUUUCAUGUAGCUAUAUUCCUAUAGAAAUGGCCAGCUAAAUACAGCAGUAGACUGUUUGAGGUAUGAAUUAAGUAGAAACUAUUUGGAAAUGGGAAUAAAAACCCUUAUUCUGAUUCCUGAGAUUUUACACCUUUAAAAUGUUUUUGUUACAUCUGACUUUAAAAAUAAAAUGUUUGCCAGAGUACAAAUUUGCAAGAUGUACCAUGGUCUAAAAUAUAAAAAGUAUAUAUCACUGAAAUGAAGGUAAUGGCUAAAAUCAUGCCUGAAAAAAGAUGGAGUUACUUUGUUUGGAGUUUUUGCUAGUUCCAAGGUGAUGAUAGAAAUGCUCAUGUAGAUAGAGUAUUUUAAUUCUUUGUGUAGCUUUUUUUAACAACCGUGAACAAGCAGGCCCAACAGUUGUAAAGGAGGAAUAUCUAAAGUGUUCAGGCAAAAUUCUUAAAAUACUGAGAAAUCUGUGGUAAAUAAUUGUUGCUUGAACAGCACAGUAAAUGGUUGGAAAUAAUUCACAAGUGUCUAUAGCAAAGUUGAGGGAUGUUUAACACAUGCACUGUGCUCUGGAUAAGCUAUUUUAAAGAAUGCAUAGAUUUUUGCAUGUUGAAAUGUGGCACUUCCAUUUCUGACUUGUUCUCUUUUGGAUGAUCUUUUCAUGUGUAUUUAAAGGAUAAAUUUGAAAAAUCCCUUGUAAAUAAUGCACAAUUUUAAAAUAGGAUUUUAAAUCUUCACAGAAUUAACACCAAGGUAUGUGAACAGUACACUAAUGCAUACAUAUUCAUUAAAGGAAUCUCAAAAUAAUAAUGAUGUUAGGUGCAGGGUGAGAAGCCUUUUGGUACUGUUAAUCAGCAGCCAGGUGGUUAAAACUUCCAUAUGCUAUUUAGUGCACUGAUAAAUGUACGCAUUUUUUUCUGAAAGCUUCUUAAAUUGCAAAAGUUGUUCUUAGUUUUUUGAGAAUUCUAAAGCAUUACCCUAGUGGAGGAACAGUUGUAUUUGAAGCUACAGUAUAAUCUGUACAUAGAUUUUCAUUUGUGAACAUUGCCUCUUAUUUUGCUUAAUGCCAUUUGCUUUCUCCCCUAACAAUCUCAAAAAGUGCCUCACUUGUAUAUUAUUUCCAUUAAAAUCUUAACAGCUAUUUCUACUAAAUGAUGUAUGAUUUAGUUUUAACUCAUGUCAUAGAUGUAUUUCUUCUAUGUAUAAGAAUAUAGCUUGUUACUUUUGAGUAUAUAAUGUAAAUAUGCAUAUAUAAGUUUGUAACUGUUUUGCAACAUCAUACACUUGUAAGUUGGCAUCAGAUAUCAUAAAACAGUUUCAAUGUUUUUCCUGCAAUUACCUGAUUAAAACUAUCAUGAAAUUAAA